GACUGCCCUUUCAACUUUCUACUUUCUGUUUCGUUUGCAUUUCCCCUCACGGCUCAUUCCUCGCCUCGCUCCUCCCCUUAUCAGCGAGUGCAGUCGAAAAAAUCCAGGACGGAGAUAUUGAAAAUUCAAGUGCAGUAUGGCUAAUUGUAUUAACAAAGGAUUGAAGGUCUGGCCCAAGGUUUUGCUGUAUGGGGACUCCAUCACACAGCAAAGUUUUAGCCCUGAUGGGUGCUGGGGAAGUUUGCUGGCAGAUUACUUGCAACGGAAGUGUGAUGUUGUCACCCGUGGCUUCUCUGGUUACACCACACGUUGGUGCAAACUCAUGCUGCCGUCAAUCCUGGACAAGACUGUUGCCAAGGACACGGUUGCCAUGACGAUCUUUCUGGGAGCCAACGACUCCAACAAUGAGGCCAAUGUACGACAGCACGUACCUCUGGAGGAGUACAAAGAGAACAUGAAGGAAAUGGUGGACUACGCUUUGUCGACAGGCAUGAGCAGAGAAAGAAUCAUCCUGAUCGCACCUCCGGCCUUCAACGUUUCUGCGUGGGCGGAGGACUGUAAAAAGAAAGGCAAGGUUGUGACCAAAGACAACACGACCACGGGCGUCUAUGCCAAAGCCUGCUGUGAGCUGGCCCAGGAGAUGGGCACCGGUGUUGUUGACCUCUACACAGAAAUGAUGAAGGCGGAGGAUUUCACCCAGUACCUUAAUGACGGCCUUCACCUGUCCCCGUCUGGCUCACGUCUGCUCUUCUCUCUACUCCAGCCAAUCAUAGAGCGGCUUACCGCUGACCUUCCUUUGUCCAUCUUCCCGUUCUACGACCAGGUGGAUCUGGACAACCUGGAGAAAUCUCUUCUGGAAUAGACUGGGUGUUGCGCUGUCCCCGUGGUUUUAUGCAAAAAAAGUUACAGCGGGUGUCGCAUUCUACGAGGUUGCCGGGACCGGCUUGUUGUCCUCGUUGGAUCCGACCUCUCGUUGAACGUGACUAAGG